GGGCAUUUGGAGUCCUCAUUCUGUCCAGAUCAUCACUGAGAUCUACACGUGCGUUUACAAUGUUCUUCUUAAUCCUCGCUGCCGUGCUUCUGCCCUCAGGCUUCUCGGCGUCUCUGACCACCUGUGAUGGACUGACCCAGCAGGUGCAAAUCCAAGGACGGGACCAGUUUUUGGGUGUGUGGACGUAUGCAGCAGAAAGUACCAACAUGCCAGGAUCCAAACUCCUCACAAAGAUGUUUGUGGAGAAUGUGUGGGGGAAAAUCUACCCAGCCAACGAGAGCGACUCCUUCUUCGUGUUUCAAGUUCAAAAAAUGUUGGGCCGCUGCUUCACUGUCACUUCUAAGUUGACCUUGGUCAACAACGCCCUCCAUAUGGACCAUCCAAUUCAUGCAACUGAGGUUCUCGUGGCAACAAGCUGCUCUGACUGCCUUGUCCUUCUGUCGAAUUUCACCCUUGGGGAAAGCACGUACAAGGGCCUACAGCUUCUGAGUAAGACUAAGAACAGUCUCUUGCAAGGCAAGAGACCCAAGCUGACACAAGCUGAGAUGGAGGAAUUUAAGAGGCAGGCAGCAUGUCUGGAUUUGCCUCCACCGACCAUCCUAAACUCAGGAAAAGAUUUUUGUCCGGAUGAAUCAUCUCCAAAAGACUCAGAGACCACUGAUCUGACCUCUGUGCUUAGUCAAGCUGACCCCGAAUAUAUGAAACUAUUGGACAAGAUGCUCAGCAGUCGAGCUGGAUUAAAGACACUUGUCGAUAUUAUAGCACGCAAUCACACACUUAAUUAAUGUGAAGAGGCAAUGUUGACCCAUGCAGGGUGAAUUAUUUCAAUAAAAAUGUUUUAAAAGUUU